UCUUCUUCUUCUUCUUCUACUUUCCUCUUUGGACGUUAUGGGCACCGAGAGAAAGAGGAAAGUGAGCUUAUUCGACGUCAUGGACGAUCCAUCAGCUCCCUCGAAGAUCUCCAAAUUCAACGGUCUCGGCGACGGCGGCGGAAUCAAUAAAUGGAACGGGAAGCCUUAUUCCGCCAAGUACUACGAGAUACUCGAGAAGCGUAGGACUCUUCCAGUGUGGCUUCAGAAAGAGGAGUUUCUCAGAACGUUAAAAAACAACCAAACACUAAUUCUUGUCGGAGAAACCGGAAGUGGUAAAACCACUCAGAUUCCACAGUUUGUUAUUGAUGCUGUUGAUGCUGAGAGUUCGGACAAGCGUAAGAAGUUUUUGGUUGGUUGUACUCAGCCUCGUAGAGUUGCUGCUAUGUCUGUGUCUCGUCGUGUUGCUGAUGAGAUGGAUGUUGCUAUUGGUGAAGAAGUUGGUUACAGUAUUCGUUUCGAGGAUUGUAGUGGCCCCAGAACAGUGCUCAAGUAUUUGACUGAUGGUAUGUUGUUGAGAGAAGCAAUGGCGGAUCCUCUUCUAGAGAGAUAUAAAGUGAUUAUUCUUGACGAGGCUCAUGAAAGGACUCUGGCUACGGAUGUGCUCUUUGGUCUUUUGAAAGAGGUGUUGAGGAAUAGGCCUGAUCUUAAGCUGGUUGUCAUGAGUGCUACUCUAGAAGCCGAGAAGUUUCAGGAGUAUUUUAGCGGUGCGCCUCUGAUGAAGGUUCCUGGUAGGCUUCAUCCUGUGGAGAUUUUCUACACUCAGGAGCCUGAGAGGGAUUAUCUUGAGGCUGCUAUUAGGACUGUUGUUCAGAUACAUAUGUGUGAGCCACCUGGUGAUAUUCUGGUUUUCUUAACUGGAGAGGAGGAGAUUGAAGAUGCAUGCCGCAAAAUCAACAAGGAGGUUGGUAAUCUUGGGGAUCAAGUGGGUCCUGUCAAGGUUGUGCCACUGUACUCCACUCUUCCACCUGCCAUGCAGCAGAAGAUAUUUGAUUCUGCUCCAGAGCCUGUAACGGAAGGUGGUCCUCCUGGGAGAAAGAUUGUUGUUUCGACCAACAUUGCUGAGACUUCUUUAACCAUAGAUGGGAUUGUGUACGUCAUUGACCCUGGUUUCGCUAAGCAGAAAGUUUACAACCCACGUAUACGUGUUGAGUCUUUACUAGUGUCGCCAAUAUCAAAGGCAAGUGCUCAUCAGAGAUCAGGUCGUGCCGGUAGAACAAGGCCGGGAAAGUGUUUCAGGCUGUACACAGAGAAGAGCUUCAACAAUGACUUGCAGCCACAGACUUAUCCUGAAAUCUUGAGAUCGAAUCUUGCAAACACGGUGCUGACUUUGAAAAAAUUGGGGAUAGAUGACUUGGUGCACUUCGAUUUUAUGGAUCCUCCUGCACCUGAGACACUGAUGCGAGCCUUGGAGGUUUUGAAUUAUUUGGGAGCGCUUGAUGAUGAAGGAAACUUGACGAGGACAGGUGAGAUAAUGAGUGAGUUCCCCUUGGAUCCGCAGAUGGCGAAGAUGCUCAUUGUCAGUCCUGAAUUCAACUGCUCCAACGAGAUCCUCUCGGUUUCAGCUAUGCUAUCAGUACCCAAUUGCUUUAUACGGCCUAGAGAGUCUCAAAAACAAGCAGAUGAAGCUAAAGCGAAGUUUGCACACAUUGAUGGUGAUCACCUCACGUUACUUAACGUCUACCACGCUUUUAAGCAAAACAAUGAAGACCCGAACUGGUGCUACGACAACUUCAUCAACACCAGGGCAAUGAAGUCUGCGGACAAUGUUAGACAACAGUUGGUCAGGAUAAUGUCGAGGUUCAAUCUGAAGAUGUGCAGCACUGAUUUCAACAGCCGUGACUACUACACCAACAUUAGAAAGGCCAUGCUUGCUGGUUAUUUCAUGCAAGUGGCUCACCUAGAACGCAGUGGCCAUUACUUGACCGUCAAAGAUAAUCAAGUGGUUCACUUGCAUCCAUCCAAUUGUUUGGAUCACAAACCGGAGUGGGUUAUCUACAAUGAAUAUGUUUUGACUACCAGGAACUUCAUCAGAACUGUGACAGACAUUCGUGGUGAAUGGCUAGUGGACGUUGCUUCUCACUAUUACGAUCUUGUAAACUUCCCCAAUUGUGAGGCAAAACGUGUCCUCGAGAAGCUUUAUAAGAAGAGAGAAAGAGAGAAGGCAGAGAGCAAGAACCGCAAGUGA